AUGCCUAUCGAAUUCACAAUCCAACCGCCCGACCACUAUGCUGGUGUCAAUGAGCCCGUGAAGCGCCCCAGGGAGUUCACUUGCUUCUCCUACGACAGAGAGCGGAGGUUCCAUCUGGGCGACAGGUCCCUGAAAUGGUUCUAUCCGGCUUAUAUCCCGUCAGACCUGUCCCGGGGCUACCAGAAUUGGCAGAGGCAUGAUGAUAGUAUAGACGAGCAUCUGGACGGCUUGUUGGCUGCCAUUGCUGAUUAUGAGAAGCAAACGGGCAAGCCAAUCGAUGCCCAUGUCACGACAUGGAGAGGCAUGAUGACUAAAAUAAUGGCCACGCCGUAUGACCAAGAGGAGUGGGAGAUGAAUGCUACCUUCUACCGAGGCUGCAUCUUCAUUGAAGAGAACCAUGCGUUUGCCAGAAGGAAAAAGAUGAUGGAGAGCAGUCGACCUGCUCGGAGUGACGGCAUCUCACCCAACUUGAUGCAGUACUGGGGGUACAAAUUCGAGACCCUGAGCACCAUCCCACGCCCCUGGGGCGAGGUCUCAAGAGACGAGAUUGAGAGUCGCGACGACGAAAUCGUCAACAACAUGGAGCAGUACUGCUCUGUUGUCCGCACGGGGUUUGGCAAUACAAUAGUCUGUCUAGGCGGUGAAGUCGAUGCCAUCUGGGACGCCAAACCAGAAACCCCCGGCGAACCCAUCAACUGGGUCGAGCUCAAGACGUCCCGCAUGAUCACCAACACGGGUAUUCAGACCGCCUUUGAUCAGAAACUCCUCAAAUACUGGAUCCAGUCCUUCCUCCUCGGCGUCCCACGCAUCAUUGUCGGCUUCCGCGACCAGGACGGCAUCCUACGCAGCAUGGAGGAGUAUGAGACGUUGAAUAUUCCGUACGAGGUCAGGCGCAGGGGCUUGGCUAAAUGGGAUGGCAAUGUGUGUAUUCGGUUUGCGGCGUUGUUCUUACAGUGGCUCCGCCUAAACAUCACCGAAGAAGGAGUCUGGCGCAUCCGCCGUCCUUUCCGGGGCAGUCGUAUUGAGCUUACAAAGAUUGAACAAGUUGGCCAUGGCGCUAUCAUAACUGAGGAGUUUAUGAAUUGGCGCAUUAAACUUGACUUGCAGAAGGCGAAGCAGCAGGCUCUUGAAGAAGGGAAGCAGGACCAGGGGGAAGAAGGGCAGAAGGCGGCUGCGCCGGCUGCAGCGUAG